AUGUCUAACCUUCCCACAGUCCGCUGGGGUAUCAUCACGACCGGCUUGAUUGCCUCGUGGUUCGUUGAGGACCUCCUUCUCUCAAGAGAAGAUGCUAAAGUGGAACACGUCGUCCAAGCCAUCGGCACAUCCAACGCCGAAAGAGGACAGGAAUUUGUGAAAACACACUGUCAAGGACAAAUUCCACGGGUAUAUAGUACAUACGAGGAAGUUUACAAUGAUCCCACUGUGGACAUUGUCUACAUUGGAACCCCCCACGGAUUUCAUUUCCGGGAUUGUCUGCAAGCCAUUUCCGCGGGCAAGAACGUUUUGUGUGAGAAAUCAUUCACAUUGAAUGCGAAGGAGUCGAGAGAGAUCUUUGCAGCCGCCCGCGAAAAGAAUGUCUAUGUCGCCGAAGCCAUGUGGCUCCGUCAUCGACCAAUUUUCACGGAGCUUCAGCGACUGCUCCACGAAGAAAAGAUCAUUGGAAAUGUCUUCCGCGUAUUUUCGGACUUUGCCUCGGGUGUGGACAUUGCCUCGCUUCCUAGCACCUCCCGAUAUCGUGAUCUCGCCCUCGGUGCGGGGUCUUUGUUGGAUAUUGGUGUCUAUUCGCUGACCUGGGCGAGGAUGGCUCUGGGGAGUACCCCUGGUCAAUCGGAACUGCCACGAAUCUUGGCUGCUCAGACUCAUGAAGAAGGCAUUGAAGUUACCACCAGUACCAUCUUGCAGUAUAAUUCAACGGGACGGCAGGGUAUUGUUACUUCGACGACCAAAGCCCUUGGUGCCCCGGGUGAAGUCUUUGCGGUUGUGCAUGGCACCCAUGGAUAUGUUGAGAUCGAGGGUAGAACGCCUUCUGCCCCGGAAUCUUUCACUGUAUGGUCUAAGCAAGAGGGCAAUCCGGAUCGUGCCUUUUUCCCGAGGGAGGCUUGUCACGGGAAGAAGUAUGAGUUUGCAACCGUGGGCCGGGGCUUUGUUUACGAAGCGGAAAACACCGCUCUGGACAUUCUUGAAGGGCGCAAAGAGAGCCGAGUCAUGCCAUGGGCGGAGACUCUCUAUAUGAUGGAUAUUAUGGACGAGAUCCGACGCCAGGGCAACACCGUAUACCCGCGGGAAUGA